AUGAAACAAUUAUUAAAUUCUCAACCCAACGAUAAUGUUAAUAACAUUCAUAGUAUUAACAGUAUUAAUAACCUCACGAACUUGAAUCAAAAUAACAAUAAUCAAAUGUUUUCGCAACAGUCUUUGAAUACAAAUCUUAUAUCCUUGGGAAAUUAUAAUAAAGUUUCAGUUCCUCCAGGAGCAAAAUCUUCCUUGGAGAAAGCUGGGCUUACAAAUGAACAAAUUGACGCCUUAGCAGCUUUGAUAGCUCAGCAUAAAGCUCAACAAAUAUUACCUUUAUUAAAGCCAAAUAUUAAAAAGGAAUCCACUAUACUUCUCAAAAACGAUGACGACAGUGAUUCAACUUUUUCAAAUUUAAAUAAUAUUUCUAAAACUUAUACAAACUCGAAUUAUUCCACUGCCAAAGUUGCUGCUGACUUAGAUAAACGCAGAAGAAACACUGCUGCUUCGGCCAGAUUCCGUAUAAAAAAGAAAUUAAAAGAACAACAAUUGGAAAGAAAUUUAAAAGAAUUGAAAGAAUUAUCUUCUACUCUAGAAAUAAAAAUAAAAAAUUUAACAAUGGAAAAUAAUCUACUAAAAAAUUUGAUUUUCGAAAAAAAUUUACAAAAAAGUAAUCAUGAGUUAGAAUUGUUGAAAAAAAAGGCUUUAGAUCAGUUUACAAAUACAAAUGAAACUAAGAAUGAUAAAGAAAAAUAA